GAAAAGCUUAAAGUAUGGGCUGCUCAGAGGAAUGCUGCCCUACUAGCGAACCACGCCUUACAGUCCGCAAACUAUUCGAUGGAUAUGCUUGUUUUCUUGGACGAAUCGAGUAUUGACAAUCAUUGCACCUAUCGAAAGUUCGGCUAUUCUCCCGAAGGUAAUCCAGCUUGCAAAGACCGACGUUCUUGGACGAAUGGUAUGCUGUGUCAUGCAUGCUACCAAGGCAGUUUCAAUGCUGAUCGAUUCGUCAAUUUCAUAGCAGAUGAUCUCAUGGUGCACCUCAACCCUUACCCGGAGUCUAGGAGUGUGGUUGUCAUGGAUAACUGUGCUACACAUCAUGAUCCAAGGGUAAAGGAGUUGAUU